UCACACAGAGCAGCCCCUCCACCUGCCUCCUCCUCCAGGAACUGAUGCUCACGCGUCAUGUCGUGGGCACCAGAGGGAUUUCUCUAAAGGCUGCAUCCGAUCUGCUAUGGAGUUCAACUCUUCAUCUGUGUUUGAGCUGCAUAAAGAAGCUGCUGAGGAGGUUGAUCUGAAUGUGGUGUACCAGGCGGCAGCAAACGGAGAUGUGAACACACUGACCGCCACGAUACGAGAGGACCCGUCCAUCCUCGAGUGCUGCGAUAGUGAAGGCUCCACACCACUGAUGCAUGCUGUGUCUGGGAGGCAGGUGGAUACGGUCAAACUGCUGCUGAAGAUGGGAGCCUCUAUAAAUACGCAAGAUGCCUGUGGACGGACGUCUCUCUCUCUAGCGACAUACCUGGGCUGGCUGGAAGGCUGUGUGUGUUUGCUUCGCAACGGGGCGAAACAGAACAUUCCCGAUAAGAACGGACGCUUGCCAAUUCAUGCUGCUACCGCUGAAACUGACUUCAG